AUGCCGUCCAAGUCUUGUACUGGAUCUAAUAAGGCAGAUGCUCUUAUGCUGCGCAGCCAAGAGUUGUUCCAUCUGACAUGCCAUAUACAGCCUUCCAAAGGACUUCUUUCUCCGGUACUCAUAGUAGAGGGAGUGAGAUCAUCAGGUAAGACAUUCACCCUCAAUGAGUUGCGAAAAAUAGUCUCGGCACAAAGCAAAUGGAUAGACCUCGAUUGUCGAAGAGUUUACGGUAUUCGUGGUAUAUUACAGCGUUUUUUGGUGCGAAUUCUGAAUGCUGAAUUACAAGCCAUAUUGAACGAAUACGAUCCGGCUCUCGCGCAACAGAUUAAAGACCGAAUCGAGCUAUGUGACGGAAUAUCGUCGUUUAUAUGGACUCUGGAAGUUCUCCUGGAGGUUGGGUCAAAAUACUUUGACUGUUAUUCACACAUCUUUGUUCUGGAUCAUAUUGACCAGAUGCUUGGUAACGAUUCGCCCGUGGUACUAGCAACUGCUUUGGCUAGACUUCACGAACAAGUGCCGAAGUGUGACAACUUUUGUUUUGUUUUUGUGGCCUCCUCACCAAACUCGCUGGACUUGACUUCUCUCUCUCUGCCACACGUUUUCUUUCCAGCAUAUACUUAUGAUCAACUGAACAAGGUUCUUUACUUGAGACUGAUGGCCAGUGGCUGGCGAACCAAGGUUGAGGAAAGUCUAUGGAAAUCUCAAGAUUUGGCUAAAGAUACGGGAAUUUUCUUCAAGACACUAAGUUCAUUGCUGCUGGAGAGUUUUUCGUUCUAUAUUGGUUCUGAUGUGGAUCUUGCCAUACAUGCUUUUGAUAGGUUGUUCCCACAUUUCGUGGAACCCAUAGCGAGGGUCGGUUCCAUUGUGAAUGGAGUGAACGAUCCAACGGCUGUAUACAAUGCGAAUAGAAAGCUCCUUCAGUCAGAAUGGGCUAUCAGAGAUACUUUUGUUGACGAAGGCAUCAAUCUGGAGAACGAAGAUACCAAUGAAAAUCGCUCUGUGGAGUCCUAUGACAUCACUCUCAAGGCUAAGUACAUAAUCAUCGCUGCAUACUUGGCCUCUUUCACAGACUCAAGAUACGAUCUAAUGUUGUUCUCCAAAACAAAUGAGGUCAGAGCAAAUUCAAAACUGCACCGGAAAAUCAGAUCCAACAAGUUCAGUGUCAACUCUAAAAUGCUCCAGCCACAGCCUUUCCCAUUAGAGCGAUUGCUGGCCAUCCUCCAUGCAAUUUAUCAUGAGGAUGUUCCAGAAGACGAUGUGAACUCGGACGUGUUGUUAUUGACCCAAUUGAAUACAUUAGCGUCUUUGAAGUUGAUUUUGAGAGCAACCACUGGUGAUUCGUUGACGACUUCGCUGAGGUGGAAGUGCAAUGUGAACUGGACCGUUGCUAAGAAGUUUGCAGAUGAUGUUGGAUUUGAGAUCCAAAACUAUUUCAUUGAGUAG